AUGUCCAAGGAGACAUUCGUGAUCAAGACGCCCUCGUCGUCCGCCAACAUUGGCCCGGGCUUCGACGUCAUCGGCCUCGCCCUCUCCGUCUACCUCGAGCUGCACGUCACCGUUGACCGCUCCAAGACCACCUCGGCCGAACCCCUGAACUGCCGCCUCACCUACGAGGGCCAGGGCGAGGGCACCGACGACAUCAGCCUCGACCCCUCGGUCAACCUCAUCACCCGCGUCGCCCUCUACGUCCUGCGCUGCCACGGCCAGCGCAUGUUCCCCGUCGAGACCCAUGUCCACAUCAAGAACCCCAUCCCCCUCGGCCGCGGCCUCGGCAGCUCCGGCUCCGCCGUCGUCGCCGGCGUCAUGCUCGGCAAGGAGGUCGGCCAUCUCGACCACCUCAGCCUCGACAGGCUCUUUGACUUUUGUCUGAUGAUUGAGAGACACCCCGACAACGUCGGCGCCUCGCUGUACGGCGGCUUCGUCGGAACCUACCUCCGCCCCCUGAAGCCCGAGGACGUCCAGCGCAUCGAGAUCCCCCUGAGCGAGGUCCUGCCGGCCCCGGCUGGCGGCGUCGACACGGGCGAGACCCCGCCCGAGCCGCCCCACGGCAUCGGCCACCACAUCAAGUUCCCCUGGGCCAAGGAGAUCAAGGCCAUCGCCAUCAUCCCCGAUUUCCAGGUCCCCACCCACCUCGCCCGCGAGGUGCUGCCUCCUCACUACACCCGUCCCGAUGUUACCUUCAACAUGCAGAGAAUAGCCCUCCUCCCCGUGGCUCUGGGCACCUCGCCGCCGGACCCGGAGCUCAUCCACCUCGCCAUGCAGGACAAGAUCCACCAGCCCUACCGCCAGACCCUGAUCCCCGGCCUCGGCCAGGUCGUCGAGAGCAUGUCGCCCAGCACGCAACCGGGCUUCCUCGGUGUGUGCCUCUCGGGCGCCGGCCCCACCAUCCUGGCCCUCGCAACGAGCAACUUUGAAGAGAUCGCCGGCAAGAUCAUCAAGAUCCUUAAGGAGAACAACGCCGACAAGGACGUCGGCUGCCAGUGGAAGAUCCUGGAGCCGGCCGAGGGCACGCAGGUCAUCCGAUGA